AAAAAAAAAGAAAGAAAAACCGCUCCGCUCGAGAAAAUCGUUCCUUUCAUCUCCAAUCUCCGGCGACAACACCACCUGUUUCCGACCGGCGAGGACACUCCCUCUUUCCGGCAACUUUUAUUGCGGCAAGGUUGUCUUCUCGUAAGCCCUAAUUGCCAAAAGCCAUUCCGACAAACAUCGUCCUCUCGACUUCAACACACUGUAAGGUCUCGCAAAUUGCUUGAAUAUUACAAAUUAAUUGUUUGUGGUUUGAUGAAUCUACCUCUCUUCCUUUUUCACAAUUUUCAAACACAUUAUUGCGCACACAAGAUGUUCGAGAAAUUGUCAAUACUAGAGGGCUAUAUCGCUUGCAUCCACUUACUUCCUUCGAGAGUAUUCAAUAACAGAUCAUGGAAAAGGCUUCGUCAUCAAAAGCUCCCUCCAAAGGAAACAACCAAGGCAAAAGAAAAGCAAUUACGAGACCCGCCUUCUUCACCGGACUCGAACAAUAGCAACUCAAACUCGGACACCGAAACUCAAACUUUAGCUCAAAAGCACGGAAUUCCAUUCCCAGUUUUCUCUCAAGAUGAGGUGCACUUGUACAAACGCCUCAUGAAGAUGAAAUGCCGGAUCCCAAGGACACUUGAU